ACAAAAGGUGAGCAUAGAAAUUUACUGGAAAGAACUGUUCUUUACUUGUGAUUAAAAUGACAGAGAGAAAUAAAGAAGAUUCUACUUUCAUCUGCAGAUCAUAGUAGAUGCAGUCAGUGAAAUAAGAGCUGCAUUUCAAGUUCUUGGAGUAAUUUUGUUUUUGCUAAUAUGGGUUCAUCGGAUCGAUUGUUUUGCAGGGAAAGAAAUGUUCAUGAGAUCCUUGGAGGAGGACUGGCUGCUGAUUUGAUGCUAUGGAGACAUAAAAAUCUGAAUCAGGGAAUACUGAUAGUUGCUCUUGCGGCUUGGGUGCUGUUUCAGAGAUCUGGAUAUACACUAAUCUCAUUUGUUUCUGCUGUUCUCUUGCUCCUGUUUUCGGUUCUUUUCAUUUGGGCCAAGUCUGCUGCAAUUGUAAACAGACCUGCUCCACCUUUACCAGAUUUUUACCUAUCUGAAGAAACAGUGAGUAAAGCAGCAGACUUUAUCCGAAAGCACAUUAAUGCUUUGCUCUCUAUAUCCCAGGAUAUUGCAUUGGGUAAAGACACACAGAUGUUCAUGAGAGUUUUCACAUACCUGCUCUUAAUAUCUGUGAUUGGCUGCUUUAUGGACUUCCUUACGAUGGCCUACAUUAGCCUUUUCGUUGUUCUUACAGUUCCAGCACUUUACGAGAGGUAUGAAGAUCAAAUUGACAAAUAUGUGUUAAUGGGGUACAGGAAAUUGAUGCGGUUGUAUGUGAUCCUCAACCAAAAGUAUAUAUGUAAAGUUAAACCUUGGAUUAUGGAGAAACAAAACCUUAGUUGAUCUACCUACGUACAUCUUAUCGUCCACAUACCCCUGUUACGAGGAACUAGACUUGCAGGCUGCAGGAUUUUUGAACAAGAAUUACGAGGCUGGUGUGCAUGUGGUCUGAUCCUUCACUUUUGCGACAGUUUUACUGCGACUUGGCAUAUAUAAAGUAUGGUGGUGAUCUUAGCUGAGAUCUGAGGAGGCUUUGUCGAUUUUUGCAGUUUUGUUUUCCGCUAAAUGUAUAAUCUUCUCCAUCAGUUGUUCUGCAAUGAAACUUCAUUAUACAUUCUUUCAACAUAUUUAACUAGUUACUCAUUUAUUUAAAGAUUCCAA